CGACAACUUUCCACUCCAACAAGCACCUGAAUAAUUCGUCUCUGGUUCUCAAGUGAUAAGUAAUCACCUUAUCCGACUUGAAACAAUAUAUAGCAUAAUCGGAUUCACCAAGAAGAAUCUGUGGUAUUUCUAUAGUCCGAGAUCGACGACUUACGUCCAAUUCAAUUCUGCAUCAACUUGACACGGCCAAGAAGCCGCAGAAGGAGACCAAACACCGUGAUUUGAGCCCUAAUCCCCCUCUUAAUCUACUCUCGAGAUCCAUUGUCGGCAUGAUGCCUACAGUCGUCGUCACAGGAGCAAAUUCGAUUGUCGGAAUCGGUUAUGCCUUUGCCAGACUAUUGUGCAACAAGGGAUGCAAUGUAUACGCAAUUGAUCGAGACAAUGGGAAUGGCCUCAAGGCUCUCGAGUCCAAAGCACACACUGCCACAGUCGAUGUCACGUCUCCAGAGUCCAUUCAGGCUUUCAAACAGUCCCUCGGUGACACGCCAAUUGAUAUUUUGCUCAAUGUAGCAGGUAUCGCUGCUGGACCACAAAGUGACGGACUCACCACGACCAAUCUCGAUAUCCUUCAGCGUACAUUCGCCGUCAAUACUUAUGGCCCCCUUCUCUUGACACAAGCUCUACUUCCAAAUGUUCUUCGAUCUUCGAAUCCCAAGAUUGGCAUUGUUUCCAGCCGUGUCGGAUCCGUAGGGGACAACAGUACAGGCGGGUCUUAUGCCUACCGCGCAUCGAAGGCUGCAGUCAAUUCCAUCGGCAAGAGUAUGGCAAUGGAUCUGAAGGACAAAGGUGUUGUGGUGAUGCUCUUACACCCGGGCAUUGUCAAAACCAACAUCUUACCCAACGAAACAUUCCCAGCGGAUGCCGCCGAGGCCGACGAAGCUGCGAAGAUGUUAUGGGAGAACAUUGUGAGCAAAAAGGAUAUGGCUGAUACAGGGAAAUUCUGGCACCGUGAGGGAUAUGAACUGCCUUGGUAAUCAUGAUAGUCGGAACAUUGAAUGCCUGUAGCCUUUUCCGGCAAUUUCGCCCAUUUGGUGGUAGGGCGAGAAGUGGUUCCUCAUACAGUGGCCUCCUAUUGUACCUACCAAGGUACAUAUCUGAGAUAAGUUUGUUGGUAGGUGUCUUAAUAUUAACACAGGC